CCGAAAUUGAGUUUUUUGGGGGGAAAUAGUUCAUUUUUCACGUGCCAAAAAAUAAAGAAAAUUUUGUUUGUGAUCCCAGGGACUGUAAUCAUUCGGUUUUCUCCGUUUUUUUCCAUCAUGUCUAUUUCCCUGGCAACUAGACGCUUUUUCUCAACGUCUCGUGUGACAUGUAAUCAUUUAAACCAUUUUGAUACCUUCAAGUUUGUUGAGAGGCUGGAAAGGGAACAGUUUACUAGACAGCAGAGUGAAGCCAUCAUGACCACUCUCACUAAAGUCAUUAGUCAAAGCAUGACUGACCUCACAAAACCCAUGGUCUCCAGGGCUGAAAAGGACAAAGCCAUUUAUAUGUACAAGGUCGACUUUGCUCAGCUCAAAUCAGAGAUUCAACUCAUUGAAAAAAAUGACUUUACAGUCAUGAAGAACGAAAACGAACGUCUGCAAACCCAAGUAGAUAAAUUACGUCAACGAUUAAGAGAGGAAAUUACUCGCUCACAAGCCAAUGUGCGUCUCGAUCUCAAUCUGGAAAAGGGUCGUGUGAGAGACGAGGCAAGUGAACAGGAACUUAAAAUGAGAGAAACUGAUACCAGAAUAGAAAGCGAUAUUGCAAACCUAAGAACUCAAAUGGAGGCGAUAAAGUUUCAAAUACUGCAAUACAUGGUAGGUACAAUGACUGGUGCUGGUGCCUUAUUUUUGGCUUAUCUUCGUAUGUUUCGUUAAUUAUAUAAAUAAAAACUCCCCCGCACGGGUAUAUUACCCCACACAUACACAAUGGUCAUCCUCUUCUUCUCAGGCACAUAUAAUAAACUUUUUUUUGAGCC